AGUAAAAGUAAAUAUCGCUUACUCACUCUUACUCGACGCUGUCGCGGCAUUUUCAACACAUUUAUCCUCAAGGAUCGUGUUUGUGUUUGUAAAUGCAGACAGAUUGGGUUAAUAAAGCUCGUGCAGUAUUUUAAGAGUUUAUAAGGAUGUCUCGCGGUUCAAACGCUGGAUUUGAUCGACACAUCACCAUCUUCUCACCUGAGGGCCGAUUAUAUCAAGUCGAGUAUGCCUUCAAAGCGGUCACUCAGAGCGGCCUGACGUCUGUGGGCAUCAGAGGAACAGACUGUGCUGUGGUCGUCACACAGAAGAAAGUUCCGGAUACACUCCUGGAUGUAUCGACGGUAACAAACAUGUUCCGACUCACUCCACGGAUCGGAUGUGUCAUGACAGGACAUUACGCUGACAGUCGUUCUCAGGUGCAUCGGGCUCGCGUGGAGGCCGGCGAUUGGAAAUAUAAAUUUGGUUAUGACAUCACAGCGGAUAUGUUGUGUCGUCGUAUGGCGGAUAUCUCGCAGGUGUACACACAGAAUGCAGAGAUGAGACCGCUCGGCUGCUGUAUGAUUCUAAUCGCUAUGGACCCCCAGAUGGGACCCCUGCUCUAUAAAUGUGACCCGGCCGGGUAUUUCUGCGGGUUCAGGGCGACAAGCGUUGGGACGAAACACACAGAGGCAAACAGUUACCUGGAGAAAAAACUGAAGAAACAGCCCGAGCUCUCCUACGACACAACUGUAGAGAUGGCGAUCUCGUGUUUAUCGUCUGUUCUUUCCAUGGACUUUAAAUGCAGUGAGCUGGAGGUGGGCGUUGUCACUAAGGAAAAUCCCAAAUUCAGGACUCUAACAGAAGCAGAAAUCGAGUCUCAUCUGGUAGCGAUCAUAGAGAGAGAAUAAAAAUCUGUCAUGUUGUCACAUAUUUACAGUCCAAACCCACUUUCAGAUGAAACUCAUUUAAACCAGCUGACAGUGUGUGACAUGUUAUUUCACAGAUCAUGCUUUUUUAGUGUCUGUUACUUGCUGAAGGAAAAACACAUUUUAUAAACCAGCAGAAAUAAAAGAAUAAUUUGAGCAGUCUAACAGCCUCAUUGAAUACAUUCACACGUUUAUAUGCAGUUCUCUUGUUCUUCACUCGGUGGAGACAUUUCCUGUGAUAGUCAUAAUAAACACAGAGAAACACUUUA